AUGGGUAGAGUUAUUCGUAACCAAAGAAAGGGUGCUGGUUCUAUCUUCACCUCCCACACCAGAUUGAGACAAGGUGCUGCCAAGUUGAGAACUUUGGAUUUUGCCGAACGUCAUGGUUACAUUCGUGGUGUUGUGAAGCAAAUCGUCCACGAUGCCGGUAGAGGUGCUCCAUUGGCUAAAGUUGUCUUCCGUGACCCAUACAAGUACAAGUUGCGUGAAGAAAUCUUCAUCGCUAACGAAGGUGUUCACACCGGUCAAUUUAUCUACGCUGGUAAGAAGGCCUCUUUGAACGUCGGUAACGUCUUGCCAUUGGGUUCUCUACCAGAAGGUACUAUUGUCUCCAACGUUGAAGAGAAACCAGGUGACAGAGGUGCUAUCGCUAGAGCUUCUGGUAACUACGUUAUCAUCAUUGGUCACAACCCAGAUGAAAACAAGACCAGAGUUAGACUACCUUCCGGUUCCAAGAAGAUCAUCUCUUCUAACGCUAGAGGUGUCGUCGGUGUUGUUGCCGGUGGUGGUAGAGUUGACAAGCCAUUGUUGAAGGCUGGUCGUGCUUUCCACAAGUACAGAGUUAAGAGAAACUCUUGGCCAAAGACCCGUGGUGUUGCCAUGAACCCUGUUGAUCACCCUCACGGUGGUGGUAACCAUCAACAUAUCGGUAAGGCUUCUACCAUCUCCAGAGGUGCUGUUUCUGGUCAAAAAGCUGGUUUGAUCGCUGCCAGAAGAACUGGUUUGCUACGUGGUUCUCAAAAGACUCAAGACUAG